AUCAAAGGUAGCCCAUUUGAGACGUACUCACGUAGGAGAAUGCUACCAUGUAUCGCGACUUUAUGUCAAUUGCAUUCGCGCAUCUCAAGUUUGCAAAAGGUGACGUUCUUUAUCGUAAUUUGAGUUAUAUUUCAAGCCUGUUGUUCAAUUCAAACUCAAGAAUAUCAAGUUAUAUUAGGGAAGGCGAUGUCUUCUCUGCACGUAAACUGUUUGACGAAUUACCCAACAGAAAUGUUGUCACUUGGAACUGCAUGAUUUCUGGGUAUACCAGGAAUGGGAUGAUCCAAGAAGCUCGGGAGCUUUUUGAUUCUAUGCCAAGCAGGAACGUUGUGUCUUGGACAGCCAUGCUAAGUGGGUACGCGAGGAACGGAAGGCUAGACGAAGCUAAACUUUUGUUUGAUUCAGUAGCUGACAAGAAUAUCAUCUGUUGGAAUUCGAUGGUUUCAGGGUAUGUGAGAAAUGGAAGAAUAGAAGAAGGCCGGGCACUGUUUGAUAAAAUGCCAAUUAAGAACACAACAUCCUGGAGAAUCAUGAUUGAUGGAUACUUUCAAAGUGGAAACUUGAGUGAAGCAGAGAGGCUGUUUAACAAAGUACCUAUGAAAACUGUGUCACUUUGUAACACGAUGUUAGCAGGUUAUUCUGACGUGGGGAAUCUAGAAGGUUCUUAUAGGUUGUUUAUGAAGAUGGGAACCCGAGAUGUUGUUUCAUGGACUAGUAUGAUUUCUUGCUUGUUAAGAGCAGGGGAGUUGAAACAAGCUAGGACCUUUUUCAAUGCCAUGCCUGAGAAGGAUAUAGUGGCACGGACAGCAAUGAUAAGGGGUUAUCUGGAUAAUAAUCAGAUUCGGGAAGCACAUGAAUUAUUUACGGAAAUGCCAUAUCGGGACACAAUAGCCUGGAACUCAAUGAUCAACGGCUAUUCCCAAAACGGAAUGCUUCAAGAGGCCCUUGAUCUUUUCAACAAGAUGCCACAAAGGGAUAUUGUCUCAUGGAAUUUGAUCCUAUCUGCCUAUCUCCAACUAGGCGAUCCAAAUGCCGCCACAAGAUUUUUCACGGAGAUGCCUAAGAAAGAUGUAACCUCUUGGAACACAAUAAUUUCUGGAUUCCAAAACGAGGAAGCUCUGUUGUAUUAUGUCAAGAUGCUACAAGAUGGGAUUAAGCCCAACAAGGGAACCUUCCCAAGUGUAUUAUCAACAUGUGGACUUCUUGCUAUCCAUGGUUGUGGACGUGCAAUUCACGCCAGUGUUAUAAAAAGUGGUCUUGAAAAAGAUAUCAUGACACUGAGCUCAUUGAUCUCAAUGUACUCUAGGUGUGGAUUUUUAGAUGUGGCAACAUUUUUGUUCCAACAUAUGAAAAAACGGGACCCGGCUGCAUGGAAUGCCAUGAUUGUGGCCCAAGCACACCAUGGUUCUGCCAUGGAAGCUCUCACUCUUUUUGACGUAAUGGUCCAAGAUGGGUUUGAACCGGACCACAUAACGUUCAUGGGACUUCUAGCUGCUUGUGCUCAUUCUGGGAUGGUUCAUAAAGGCUGGGAAUAUUUGUACUUAAUGCAAAAGAGAUGGAAUUUGGAGCCCAAACAAGAACAUUAUGUAUACAUGGUUGAUCUUCUUGGCAGAUCAGGUUCUUUAACAGAAGCGGUUGAGUUUGUUAAACAACUGCCUGCUGAUGUUGUCCCAAUGUAUGCUCAGGAAACCUUAUUAAGUAGUUGCAGAGUGUAUGAUGAUUACAAGUUGGGUGAUCUUGUGGCAAAGGAGUUUGGAACAGUUUCUCCUUCUCUGUCUCUUCUUUUAUCGAACACGUAUGCUGCAAGAGGGAUGUGGAAAAGUGUGUCCAAGGUCAGAACUGAAUUGAAACAACUUCGGUUCAGAAAGGAGUCUGGGUGUAGUUGGAUCGAAGUGAAUGGGUGUUUGUCUCAGUUUGUGUGUAAUGACAAAUCCCACCACCAAGCUGGGGACAUCUACAAGGAGUUAGAGAGACUUUAUGUCCUCGUUGUGAAUUUUGGUUCAUUGAGUUUGCCAUCUUACUGGUGACAUGGUGACAUAAUACCUUCGAAUACACCAAAUAACCAGCAUCAGAAGGUUAUUGACCUGGAACCCCCCUUUGGUGAGACUCAACCUGCUGAAUUUGAUAAAAGUAUGCCUGAUAUGGCUUAUAUAAUAUGUUUAACUGUUAAAAAAAGAAAAAUUGAUGGGAAGAAAAUUGUAUAUGAAAAAAACAGCAAAUUCCGCCUAUAAAGUAUCCCUAAACUUAACUUUUUCAUGAUUAAACAUUUCAGAACAUAGUAUUAGAAACAUGGCUGGUAAGGCCGAUAAGCAAACAACAUAGGGAGUAGUUGUCAAAGAGCACUUAUUUAGUUCAAAAUAAUUUUACCAAACACUUUCUCGUCAGAAGAUCCAGCAGCAUAUCAGCUAAACAAUCCCGACACUUUCCCUUCCGAAAAUCCAGCAGCCAUAUCAGCUAAACCAGACAGGAUCCCAGCUCCCUUCUAAAUUUAACCUACAGUUGAGUAUCAUGUGCUUUACGAUUGUACCACUAUAUUGGAGUGAUGAUCACCAUCAGGGCCCCAUUCUCACUUGCCAUGGACAAUGUAAAAGCUACCAAAGUUUGAACUCACUGAGAAAACGCAAUUAUGUUCAUUUUAUAGUAAAAAUUUACUUACAAAAGAUUCUUUUUAUCAGUCCUGAUGUUGAAUAGGUCUGGGCGGCCUGCUGUAGCUGAGAAAGAUUGCUUUUACAGUUUGCAUCAGCAUAAUGGUAAAAAUUCUCAAUGCGUACAUACUGUGAAUGUAUAACGAAGAUGAAAUAUUCUUUACCCAUCUCAUAGUGUACAUUUAUAUAUAUCCUCAAUAAGAAAGAACAAUUAGAAGAAAAAUAAACAAUAAACACAGAGGACAUAAUGCAGGCUCUUAGGAUCACAUCAUAGGCUUCCGUAGGGUGGUUGUUGCUAUUCUCACAGUUUUCAGUUUUGGGAAAUUUCUGGCGCAGCGGUGGCGGCAGGCAAUGAGCUCUGCCGGGAAAUCUGACGGUUGAUGAGGUUCCUCCGAUCAGCACAGCGCUUGAAGCAUGUGUAUAUAUACAUGACCAGCCAAAACACCCAUGGAGACCCAAUCAGCGAGAAGGCGACGUAGAGAAACCACGGUUGAGAUUGCGCCGGAAAGAAAACGUAGAUGCCAAGAAACACCCCUCCGGCGGUUACCAAGAUGAAGAACAUGAAUGAGAUGAGUGGAACCCUGAUGUCAGUUUGCCGCUCCUCCAUUGCUCUUAUUCUGUCUUCUUUCUUUGGAUCUCUUAAAUGGUUUUUGUUGUUUCUGAUGUAUUUUGAGGGGGGCGGUUAUGACGAGAUUCGAAUUGAAUAUUCAAUUCACACCAAUAACCUUCAGAAAAUUCAUCUUUCUUCGUUAAUGCUGAUUGCUGAAUAGAGAAUGUGAUUUUCUGAUGAUAAUGAUGAUGGUUUAGACUGAUCUGGUUUUAUUGUUAGAACUCUUAUUGUUUUUUUAUGCCGGGUAGGGAUCAGGAAAAUGUAAAAACACAAAAGAGGAAAAGGGGAAGGAAGCUAAGCUAAGAACCUAAUUAAAGGCGUAGCGUUGCUUCCUUGACGAACGUUGCAAUGUGGUUCUUCGUCUAUAUGCACAAUGCAUGGCGUAUUUCGUUCUCUAAGACCU